UGGGCGAAACCGGAAGUGGAAGUGGUUGCUCCAGCCGGGCCGGGGCAAUGCAGAGGGAGGAGAAGCAGCUUGAGGCCUCACUAGAUGCACUGCUGAGUCAAGUGGCUGAUCUGAAGAAUUCACUGGGAAGUUUCAUCUACAAGCUGGAAAACGAGUAUGACCGGCUAACCUGGCCCUCUGUUCUGGACAGCUUUGCAUUGCUCUCUGGACAGCUGAACACUCUGAACAAGGUCUUAAAACAUGAGAAGACGCCCCUGUUCCGUAACCAGGUCAUCAUCCCUCUGGUGCUGUCCCCAGACCGAGAUGAAGACCUCAUGCGUCAAACUGAAGGACGGGUGCCUGUGUUCAGCCACGAGGUUGUCCCUGACCAUUUGAGAACCAAGCCCGACCCUGAAGUUGAAGAGCAAGAGAAGCAGCUGACCACAGAUGCUGCCAGAAUUGGUGCGGAUGCAGCUCAGAAGCAGAUCCAGAGCUUGAAUAAAAUGUGCUCAAACCUUCUGGAGAAAAUCAGCAAAGAGGAAAGAGAAUCAGAGAGUGGAGGUCUGCGGCCAAACAAGCAGACUUUCAACCCUGCAGACACUAAUGCCCUAGUGGCAGCUGUUGCCUUUGGGAAGGGGCUGUCUAAUUGGAGACCCUCAGGUAGCAGUGGGCCUGGCCAACCCGGCCAGCCAGGAGCUGGUACUAUCCUUGCAGGAGCCUCAGGAUUACAGCAAGUUCAGAUGGCAGGUGCUCCCAACCAGCAGCAGCCAAUCCUCAGCGGAGUCCAGAUGGCUCAAGCAGGUCAACCAGGGAAAAUGCCAAGUGGGAUAAAAACCAACAUCAAGUCAGCCUCAAUGCAUCCCUACCAGCGGUGAGUGUGGGCAGCAGCCUCCGCUCUCAGGUGAUCUGUGCUGAGUUGAGCAAUGACAUUUAUCUUUUGCUCAAGGCUUACCUAGACAGGUACAAUAGAAAGAACACAGGCUUUCAGCAAGAGACAGAUCUCCGCUCCAGUGUGAAUAGCCAUGCGACCUUGGGAAAGUGACCUAAUUUUUCUGAGCCCAUGUUCUCAUUUGUAAUGGUGAUAAUACCUACCUCAUAGGGUUGUUGUGAGGAUUAAAAUGGGAAAAUGAAUGUAAAACACUUAGCAUGGUAUAUGAAAUACUGGGUCUUGAAUAAAUGAGUUUCUUACUUUUCCACCCUGCCAUUCACUGUCCUAUAUCCAGAACUUACUGUGAUUUCCUACAGCUCGUGACAGUGGUGAGCUAAUGAACACAGGAUCAAGUAAUCCAGGAACCAUGGCAGCCUGUAUGUGUUGGAGGCAUAUUGUCUCUUUAGUUACCUCCUGUUCAGGUCCCAUCCUGUUAGCCCUAAGCUAAAGAUGAAGAGGUUUCUGGGGAACACUGUCCACCUACAGGUCUAAUGAAGUCAGCUCAGCUUUUACCUGGGAAAUAGGUAAAAGUCUCCAUCUUUUACCCUCCUCUGCUUAGGAAGAUGUCUAGGGACCAGCAGUGGGAGAUUUCUUAGGAAGUGUCCCUGUCAGGUAGCAGCACAGAUAAGAUACUGUCUUCCUCCUCUGAGGGGAAUCGUCAGGGUUCACUUGUCCGCACAGUAACUACUCCCUGUUUCUGUCUCUUCCCUUUCACUAAACGUGAGGCUCGGAUAAGAUCUGGAUUGAAAGUGGGAGGGCAGCGGCCCAUUCAUCUUGCUUGCUUUUGUAGAGUUGACGAACAGUGGAUUUUUGGACAGCCAGCCAUGUUGCCUUUCUCAGCAUUCUUUUGUGGGCAAGGGCAGGGAUUGAGUCAGCAGAAGUGGGCCAAAGGGUUUCUCUGUUCAAUAAAGAUAUUUAAAUUGA